GUCCUUUUCACACUCGUGCUCUGUUCAUGACGUCUGUGUUUACCAGUAUCUUUAAGUACUUUAUUUCAACAAUGUUAAAACUUGCAUUGUUCUUAGGCAUAACUUUGCUUCACAAAUAUAUUGUCCGCGGGAAAGAUAACUGUUCCAUGGAUCCUUGUGUUGUUUUUCCUGGUAAGCCCACAGAGACUAAGGACAACUUUCCUGCACAUCAGUUUUGCUUAAGAAUUGUUGUUGAUGAGUGGAGACCGUUGGUGGAGCUGAAAAACUCUUCUGGUGAUGGCUGCGUUUUCAUCACUGGACCAAUGUUCAUUUUUCUCUCGGAAAUGGCAAAGCUCUUAAAUUUUAGUUACACCCUCGUGACGGCUUCCGAUCGAAAGUGGGGUGUUAUUGAAAACGGAACCUGGAGUGGAAUGGUGGGGAUGCUCCACAGAGGGGAAGCCGAUUUAGGUCUAGGACCAUUUUCUGCAAACCUUCAGAGAUAUGAUGUUGCCGAGUUUACCAAUCCUUUAUUUGUGGAACACCUGACAAUCUUGCUAGGAAAGGUUAAAGAUGAGAACAAACCAUACAGUUUUCUUAAAACGUUUCGGUGGGAGGUGUGGGCAUCGAUACUUUUGGCCCUUUUUGUUGUUUGCAUGGUUUAUUGUCUCAUCUUUCUGGUUACGUCAAAGGAAAAAGUGGAUCCUAAUUUCGUGGUGAAAAAACUGGUAGCCCUAUUCGGGUGUAUUUGUACACAAGGCAUGCCACAACUUCCGUCUUGUACUUCUGGACGCCUCCUGAUUGGAUUUUGGUGGAUUGGACUUGUGAUCUUAACCAAUAGCUUCAGUGGAAACAUCAAAGCUUGGCUUCUUUUCAGAGAUAGUCAAGACCGGAUUCAAAAUCUUCAGGAUUUGUUGAAGUUCCCUGAUAUAAUACCAAUUGUUGAAAAAGGAACGUCCACUGAAGCUUUGUUCAAGACAAGUGAGGAUCGACUAUACAGGAAAAUAUGGAAACGAAUUCUUCAACACAACGACUCUCUUGUCCAUCCGGAGAAACUGAAUAGUGAUGAGGUUUUGGACAAAGUGGCUCGAGGAACGCACGCUCUGAUCUCUAGUGAAAUAUCAAUAUUUUACAGUCUGUCGCUGCGUUACGAACGACAAAAGAGCUGCAAUUUUUAUUUGGCGAAGGAACAUUUCCACGCAAAAUCUCGAGUGAUACUUCUCCGCCGAAAUUCAUCACUUGGAGGUUUUCAGGAAGAACUGAAUUUCAGAAUGGCAACCGUUAUGGAGAGCGGGUUCUUUUCACAUAACCUUCAACAGGCAUUACAAAACUUCACCAAGUGUCUACACACUUCUGAAGAUACCAGUAGACCCCUUAAACUUGAAGAUGUCAAAGGCCUCUUCAUCAUGCUAUCAAUAGGCUUAAUACUUUCACUUUUUGCUUUAGCCUCUGAAAUAUGGCACAACCGGGCUAAAACAAGGAAGCUUAAACGGUCAAGACGAAAAGAAAUACACAAGUGUAAAUUUAAAUAUAUAUUUUAAAAAUCCAAAAUAAGAACAUCAAAGUUAGAAACUUUACACUUGUUUGUUAAAGAUUUGUUUGCAUUAUUGCCUUUUUUUAUCAAUAUUCAGAACUAUUUAAGCCUAAAGAAACAGGUCUAUUGUAAAAAAAGUUAUAACGUGGAAUGUGCUAAUUAAAAAACUGCUUAAAAUACAAAUGACCUUCAUAAAGGAUUUUGAAACUUUGAAACUUUCUGAAAAUUACGCACUUUUAUAUUUAAACCACUUAGCAUUUUGUUCCGGUUAGUCACGUGGCCUGUUGUCACGCCUACGAUCAAAUUGUAAUCGUUUGUUUGAUGCUGAACUUUUUCUUUCCAUUUAAUCAUCUUGUAUUUAAUGUUGUUCUCCAUCACUCUCAAAUAAUUUGUUACAAAUCUUCACUCGCAAUCUGAGGGUCGCGGGUUUGAAUUCCCGUCACACCAAACAUG